AUGUUUAGUGACGUUGGUGUGAUCCGUCGUGAGAUGUCACUUUCGACUAUUGUUCGAUUAUUUGUUAGAGCUGUGGUCUUGAAUAUUCAGAUGUCUCACCGUGGAUGCUCUGUUGUGGAAGCAUCUAUGUUCUAG